UUAUGAAAAUAGCUAAUUUCAUAUCAAGGCUUCAAAAAUCCAUCUAUUAAUUUAGUUAAAUCAAUGCUAAAUUAGCAAUUGUAGUAUUUACCAAUGGUCAGAGAGAUGAAAACUUCAAAUAAAGAUUUCCAGGAGCUAAAUAAAUCUUUUAAUUUGAUGAAUAAUAGAAGGAAAGAGAAGUGAAAAUAAUAGAAGACUAGAGAGAAAUCAUAAGUAUAUAAUAUUUAGUCAUAAGAGUUUAAUGAUUCUAGUUAUUUGGGAUCAUAUGUUAACAAAAUCUUCAAAAACCCAAAAUAAACAGCAACAAGGUUUCAUUUUGCUUAAGUUGAAUUUUUGAAUAAAGACUAUUGGUACCAUUUAUAUGAAAUUAUUGGUACAAUGGAUAUAGAAUGUAUUAAUUUGAAUAAUUGAAAAAAGAAUCAAUGAUAGAAAUAAGAAUAAAAUAAGAUGUAUUGAAAGAAUGCUUAGAAUUCUAAUUGGAAAAUUUAGAGUAAUACAGGGGUUUAUUUGUUUAAAAAAUUGUUAAUAUAGGAAUAAUUAGCUAAUUUUAGAUAAGUCUUAAAUCUUAUUAGACAGAAAAUGAUUAAACUGAAGUAUUUACAUUGAAUUGUUUGAAUUCCAAAGAAGACAGUUUCUAUUGGGGUUUAAGAAAGUUGGUAAAAAAUGAUUGUUAAACUUAGUUGUAUAAGUCAGAUGGAAAAAUAUAUGAAUAGGUAGCUUAGAGAGCGAUGAAUAAGAAGCCUCAAGAAAUAGUUGGUGAGGUAUACCCUUAACUGGAAUGAUAAAAAUAAUAUAAAUUAUUU